GUGCGUUUGAUUUAAAUUUAUUCGUUACGUUAUGGGCGACACUUGGCGAAGUUUGUGAGAGACGCUAGGACUGGCCUUGUGCACGUGUAAAAAGUCGUGCGAAGCCCCGUCGAACGGCAUUGAGACAGUUUAUCACUACAGGUCUCUUUCUAUCAUCACGCGUAAAUGGAGAAUUAUAUAAAAAUUGAGAAAAUCGGGGAAGGCACAUAUGGAGUGGUAUAUAAAGGAAAACACAAAAAGACUGGAGAGAUUGUAGCUAUGAAGAAAAUUCGUCUAGAAGGCGACGAUGAAGGAAUACCAUCAACCGCUAUCAGGGAGAUUUCAUUACUUAAGGAAUUGAAUCAUCCGAACGUUGUGAGUUUAAUUGAUGUAUUAAUGGAGGAAGCAAAACUGUAUCUUAUUUUCGAGUACCUGACUAUGGACCUGAAGAAAUACAUGGAUACUUUAGGCAACAAGCUAAUGGAACCAGAAAUGGUCAAGUCAUAUUUAUUUCAGAUCACACGUGCCAUUCUGUUUUGUCACAAGCGCAGAAUAUUACAUCGUGACUUAAAGCCGCAGAAUUUGCUGAUUGACAAAACUGGAGUUAUUAAAGUGGCAGACUUCGGAUUAGGAAGAGCGUUUGGGAUCCCAGUUAGAAUAUACACACACGAAGUAGUGACAUUGUGGUACAGAGCGCCUGAAAUUCUGCUUGGAGCUACUAGAUAUUCCUGUGCGAUUGAUAUAUGGAGUAUCGGAUGUAUUUUUGCAGAGAUGACAACCAAAAAGCCAUUGUUCCAGGGAGACAGUGAGAUAGACCAGCUGUUUAGGAUAUUCAGAAUACUGAGGACACCUACAGAAGAGAUUUGGCCAGGAGUCACACAGCUGUCGGAUUAUAAAGCGACGUUCCCGAAUUGGAUGACGAAUAAUUUGGAGUCGCAAGUAAAGAAUUUGGAUUCGCACGGGCUAGAUUUGUUACAGUCUAUGCUUAAGUAUGAUCCUGUGUACAGAAUAUCUGCACGAGCUGCACUGAAGCAUCCCUAUUUUAAUGAUUUAGAUAAAUGCAAAAUACCAGCUGCAUAACAUGGCGAAAGCUAUCAUUUCAUGAGAAUAUUUCGUAAUAAAAAAAACCUUCAUUCGAUGAUGAUAGUUAUUGUACGAUCCUGAUAGUUAUUGUAUGACGAUGAUAGUUAUUGUAAGUUUUAAUCACCUAAGAAGAACUUGCUCUAUGUAGUGUUUUAAUUGAUAACUCCAAUUCCAUACAUUAUUUUAUAUUCCAUUAGUUCACAUACUUCAGUGAACAUAUUUAACGUUAUAUGUGUGUUCGAACUCGUGUUUUAUUUGCUUUUAUAUUUAACUUGCUAUGCAACCUGACACAUGAUAUCUUGUACACAUCUUUUUACACUUUCUUUUAAUGAAAGGACCGAUUAAGCGUCUCAACUCUUGCGAAUAACUUAUAUACGAUUAAUAAAUUAUACCAAUUGUAAAAUCUGAUCAUAUAAUUUCCGCCUUAUUUUUUUGCGUUAUAA